UAGAAAAGAAAUAAUCAAUGGAUAGCAAGCUACAAUGUGCCGCGGCCAGUAUUGCUUUGUUAUGGAAGGACGAGGGCGCACUCCGUGAACACCAGGAAAGACGAACGCAUUGCCGUAGCCGUACCUAGAUGAAAAGAGAUACUUCAACGAAAAAAUAAGGUGGUUCUGAAGACAUGCGAAGUUAAAACACUGCAAGAAUUCAAUCGAGAAGCGACAUGCAGCAGCUUCAAGAGAGGUUGCAGAUGAACUUGAUCCAGCAGACUCAUUUGGUGUCACAGCAGUCACCAGACACCGUGAAGAGUUCGGAUACCCUCCAUCAGAUGGCCUUCCAGCAGCAGCAGCUGGUGCAUCAUCUGCAGAUGACUCAGCGUCGCUAUGUUCUCCAACACGGAAUGAAUCUUCAGCCAGCAGCACUCAAUCCUCCGCCUCAAGGCAAACUAACGCAGACAAACAACGGAGGGGAUAUGAACGCGCUAUGGAACAGUCUCAAUCCUACCGCCCCCGAGCCUGCCCAGGAUAAACCUCCCGGGGACAAGGGGAUUGGAGGCAUCAACGGCCUUUUAGUGUCAAUGGGUAUCUCCAGGAGAGAAUGCCUUAAUGGUGGGGUAAGUCAGGACGAGGUUCCUCCUGCAUCACAACCUGACCAACCUGGGGAACUCUCUAAAGUCCAUCAGCUGUUCGGCCAUGGAGUAUGCAAAUGGCCUGGAUGUGAGGCUGUUUGUGAAGACAUCCAAGCUUUUUUCAAGCAUUUGAACAAGGAGCACAACCUGGAUGACAGGUCGACUGCGCAGGCCAGGGUGCAGAUGCAGGUGGUUUCGCAGCUGGAGUUGCAGCUACAGAAGGAACGGGACAGAUUGCAGGCUAUGAUGAUGCAUCUUCACAUGUCCAAACAGCAAGGUCUCGAGCAAGAAAGAGAAGCAUCUAAUAGUGGACUAUGCCUACCAAAGCUGAGCCCUCAGCCAUACCUGAGCCAACCCCAGCCUUGUCUACCUACCAAUGUGAUCUCUCAGGUCCCUCCAGUGUCCCUUUCAUCAUUGGUGUCCACUGUUCGCUCCUCAGUCAAUGUGCUCCGGCCGACCGCUCCGAGCUUAGUGUCUCCCUCCAAGCGCAGAAUCUAUGAAAAAUCUGCUCUCUCCCUUUCCGGAGGUCUGCCAUAUAUGUUGGAGAGAGCAGGUCUAGAUGUCCAGCAAGAAAUACAAAGAAAUAGGGAGUUUUACAAGAAUGCUGAUGUUAGACCACCAUUCACCUAUGCUUCUUUGAUCAGACAGUCAAUAAUUGAAUCUCCAGAUAAGCAGUUGACACUGAAUGAAAUCUAUAACUGGUUUCAAAAUACAUUUUGUUAUUUCCGACGGAACGCUGCCACGUGGAAGAACGCAGUGCGCCACAACCUGUCUCUCCAUAAAUGUUUCAUGCGUGUGGAGAACGUGAAGGGUGCCGUCUGGACAGUGGACGAGAUGGAGUUUUACAAACGUCGUCCGCAACGGUGCCUCAUCGGGGACAGUCAAGCUGAGGAGAACCUCACAAUGAAAAGCCCCAGACUUUAUGGAGACUCUACCAAUGCUAAUAUGCAGAUGCUUCACCCACACCUAUUCCGCAUGCUAUAUGGGAUUGAACUUGGGCAAGGAAUACCACCUUUAGAAAUGGUGCCAAUGAACGAGAAUGCAUUCACAGGGUAUGUGAGCAGCUCACCGCCUCCUCUCAGGUCAGACAGGGAUACUCAUUCACCUCUACUGAAAAAACAGAGGCUACAAGAGGAUGAACUGAUGAGAAUAAAGCAAGAGAAUGGGACACAUGUAUAUGGAGCACACCACCUGUCAGCAGAGCUGGAGGGCCCGGAGUCCACUUCAGCAGAUGAAGAGGUAGCACAGGACCUGUCUAUGUCACAAGAGGACCCGCCAGCACCUCCUUGCACUUCUGGUUCUGGCUCUGCUUAUGCCAGUGAAUCAUAACACUUUGUAUAGAACCAAUCGUUAUAGACUGAUUAUUUUGUUUUCCAAAUGUUAUUUUACCUACAAAAAGCUUUACUGGUACAAAGACAAAAGAUUGUGUGGAAUAAGCAUCGCUGUAUACUUUUCUUCAGUUAAUGUUUUAUUUUGAGUAAUCAGGUAUAGGAUUUACUAUGGACAAGCCAAAGUUCUUCUUUGAUCAAAACAUACUUUCAUACACAUAUAUGUCUUGCUGCAUGACAUAUUUUUUUUUAAUUUUGUUAAUUUUUAAAAUAUGAUUGUUGAUAAGGAAAAAUUAUUGAGAGUGAAAUAAAUAUAAAAUAGAGGAAUAUUGAGCUGGAAAGGUUUUGUUUGUGAUACUGAACAAUUAAUAUGUGCCAUCUUGAUCAUUACUGUCAUUUAAGUCAAUGUCCUCACUUUAUAAUAUAAUUAUUCAAAAUUUGUUUGACCUUUAUUUAAACUUUACCUCCAAUUUACUCAAUUAAUCCACUCAUACCAAAAUUUUAACUUAUUAUUCUACUUUAUACAUGAUAUGAUCAAUGCAACCACUUUGGCUUUACCAUAGCUAAAAAAAAACAAUAACUGUAGACCAACUUGUUGGCACAGCAAAUCAGAAUUUGUGAAUUGUUUAAUCAGCCUCUAAUACAUUUCAGUUUCUGCGACUGUGACAAUCAAUUAAGCAAAGUAAAUACAAAACAAACUGAAUUAUUUUAAAAAGUGUUGAUUUAUUUGAAGUAUGAUAGUAAUUCUUUGGAGGAGAACUCUGUUUAAAUAAAAUAAGAUAUAAUUCUGUCGUUGUUUUAAGUAGUUAUACAUUUAUUUUUUUAUCACAAAAUAAUUAUAGUAUUUUAGAAAGGAAGGAAUAUGAGAUUUACCAUGAAUGAUAUUUUUAAAUGAUACAUCGUUCUGUCUUUUAAUGACUUCUCAUAAUAAAACAAUACAAUCUGAUCAAAGGUAAUAGGGAAUGAGGUAAAAGAAAUUAAUUAAUGCCAUUGGAGAGCCACUGACUAUAAAAUCUGUGUUAGAGAUAGCACAGAUCAAAUCCUGUUUUGAUCAGAGCAUGUUUCGUUGAGUACUGUCCAUACUGUACUGUACUGACCCCUUUCCUUGUUUGGUUUGGUUUGGUGAGAAAACCUCAUUCCAUUUUUUUCAAAAUAAUAUGUAACAGAAAUAAAAAAAAAUAUUAAUAAAUAAAUAUAAAAUUAAGUUGCAUACAUUUUUACACCUUUUUAUAUUAAAACUCUUAUGGCCCUUAAUUUUUGUUUGUAUGGAAAAAUUUAAAGUUUAAAUAGAGUUCUUCUUUUAUCUAAAAUAUAACACAACCUAUAGUUCAGGCCUGUUGCGAAGUAUUAAUAAACUUUUGAGUUAUUAUUAUUAUGUUAAGUAAGAUAAAUUUAUUAUUAAGAUGUUUACUUAAAGAAUAAGUUGUUUAUUUUAUUAUUCAUCUAUAUUUUAUUAAUCUGGGUUAGUUUUAAUUUUUUGGGUUAGAUUUAUAUUUUAUUCUUGUAUGUUUAAUGUUAACUGAACAUUAUUCUAUUAUGUUUCUAAAUAUUUACUAAUAAUGAAAGUAUAUUGAUAAGAUACUAUAUAGUUAUUCCAAAACAAUAUUCUGUUCAUAUUUGAUGCAAGAGUUCAACACCACUGUGCUCUAUGGCUUAACAAAUUUGUUUUUAUCUCAAUUAUAUCUCAUUUAUUUGUACAGAACAAUAUUUCUUUUCUAAGUAUUUUAAACUUUACUUAAAUUUCAUUGAAGAUGUUAAUAAUAUUUUUAGACAAUUUUUCUACUUCAGUUUAAAUGUUAAUACUACCAUUUUGAAAUUACUAAAAAAAGCUUAGUCCUAAGUAAAGGAUAAGAAGGAUUGUAUUACAUAUCUUAUAAGAAUAGUAUUGGAAGUGGUGAAAUAAUGUGGUAUUGAAAGGCAUUUAAAACUUUGGAGAUAUUUUUGUGUUACAAAAUUUCAUAGGGUCUCUGGUGUAUUUAAAAUUAUUUAAUAAUUAUAACACAAUUAAAAUAUCUAUCCUACAGUAAAAAACAAUAAAAGUGUUUUUUAAAUUCGUUAUAAAUCAGUUAAUUCUAAUUAGUAUUUUAAGAUUAUUUUCAUAAACUUCACAAAGGAAAAGCUGGAAACCAAAAGUCCGGUAAUUUUAAUAUGAACACUUUUUUGAUUAAUUACUUUAUAAUAUGUAUCCAAAGUGUCAAUGCAUUCUACACAAAAAUGUAAUAGUAAUACAUCUUAAUACAAAAUUUGAUUACAUAGCAGUAAAAAGGAUGUGCAAUUAUCUCCAAAUAGUAUUCCAUCAUAGUUUCAUUCCUGUAUGACCACAGUUUCAAUUUUCAAACAUAAUUUUAAAGUCGUACAUUUAAGAUUAAUAAAAUUAUACAACAAGCAAUGUUCAUGAACAGGUUGUUCCUGCCAACAAAAUAUCACCAAUUUAUUUUUAAGUAUUUUGUGAAAUUAUUGAGCGUUUUUUUGAAUUUUAGAGUUAAGUUGUAUCAUUGACACUGAGGUCUUCCAUUGGACCAAAAAUAUAAUAAUGGCAUAAUUCUACUUGAAAGUAAUCCUACACUCCGUAGUAUUAAUACAGUUCUGGUGUCAAAAACUGCAAUAAAUAUCAUAAAAAUAAUUAAAUAUUAAAAAAUAUGUAAAGUACAAUAUCUUGUACUUUCAAAAAUAUAACCAUGACUAUUCUAUAUUCAACAUAAGUAAAUGUCAGUAAGAUACUUUUUGUUUAGUGCUAUUUCAAUUAUUGGUUAGAUUGAUAAGUGACUACCUGAGUAUUAAGAAACUUACCUGAAAUAUGAUGUGCCAAAUAUAAUGAGACGCCCAUUGUCAAAGUUAAUUAUUUAGGUAUGUAGUUAUUAGACAUUUUCUCAUUGUUUUCAAGUAGGAAAUUUUAAGGCAGAAACAAUUUAACCAACAAAAAUUACAUUAACAUGAAGACAUUUAUGUGUGAAUGUAAGAGAAGAAAACAAAAUUUCUUGAAUAAGUGUUAAACUACAAUGAACACAUUUACAAAUAUAACUGUUAAUAUUAGAUUUAUGUGUGGUAACUUUCAGCAUUAUUAGAUACUUAUUUUUUAAUGCAAAAUUUACUAAAGAAUAAAUCAACUUGGUGGAAAUUACAAGUCUUUUAAUGAUAUUAAAUUGUUUUAACUAAUCCCAAGAACAAGUCAUUCACAAUCUGCAAAGAAACGCAGUAUUGUUGUAUGCAACUGUUACAAAAAGCAAACUGUAGAACACAAUAUAAAACAUAGAUGUAACUUUAAAAUUUUGAUUCAAUAACAAUUGUUAGCCAUUAAAAUUGUUUAACCCCUGUGUGUAAAUAAACCAACAGGAUAGUUUAACAUAAGUUUGCAGAUACAAAAAUAAAAAUGUAUUAGGUCCUUAUAAAACUAAUUUACAUUAUAUAUAUAUAUAUAUAUAUAUAUAUAUAUAUAUAUAUAUAUAUAUCAUUGGUAUCAUUGGUUAUUAUCUUUAAAUAAAUAAAUCAGCAAAAGCUAAAUAAUAACAUAAAAUUGUAAAGAAAAUAACUUGUUUAACAAGAAGAAAAUAGUACUUAGGUUCCUGAUUGAUUUAUGAGUAACGAUUGAUACUAAAAUAGAUUAGCUUAUAUAUGUAUUCCACUAGUAGAAAUAAAACAUCAAUUGAAGAGUUAAAAAUUAUCGAGUGAUAUAAAACAAAUCAGAAAUUAUUGGUGGAAUUCCCCAUCAAUAUCAUGUUUAUGAUACAUAUGAUGAUUAGUAAUAAUAAUUAAUAUAUACGUACACAUUACUGUUUCAGUAUUUUGGAAAAACUUAUUAAAAUAAACCUGAUUUUGAGGCAUUUCACUCUAAGACCUGCUAGAUAGCAAUGAGGUGUUUAAGAGAAAGCUAUGCCUGGCUUAAGUAACAUUGAUAUUUACUUAAUUAUUUUUUAUAUAAUUGUUAGUUUCAAAUUUUAACUCAAAUAGUUUAUGAUCUUUUAAGAAAAGUCUACCUGAAAACAUUUUAGCCUUACCGUUAAGACCUGAAAUAUUUUUCAAGUACACAAAUCCUUUACUGAACAUAUAAUCAUUUUUUUACCUGAUUACAGUUUUAAACACAUACAAUAAAAGAUUUGUAGAUGUUUGUAAGUAUUUGCAUGACAACCAGCCCUGAAAGUAGCUCCGUUACAAAACAAUCAUAAUUACAGUCUUUUUGUAAUGUUUAUAUACGUACAUAUGCCUUUCCUAUGACAGAAUCUCAAUUCAUAAAACACAUAUCUCAGUCUUAGAGUAGCUCUACACUAGUUUAGUUACUGAUUUACGUCUAAGUGAAAAAUGAGAUAUUUGAUGACUUUGUAUGCCAACAGAUUAUUUAAUUAUUUUUGACAGACACAUGCAUUGCUUUUAUCGAUAUUUGUAAAAAUACCCAAAUAAAAUCUAACAAAAUCACAAAUAUUUCAAAAAUUCUGACUUUGAGUAUUAUACUUAAUUUUUAUGACCUUGAAAUUGAAUAAAUAUUUCAACAAAUUUACCACUUAAACAUAUUUUAAUGUACUCAGAUAAUGUAAAGCUAGUAUUGGAAUAAGAUUAAGGCCAGGUCCUUGCAAGAUUGUUGAUAGCUCUACUGAUCACUCAACUCAAAAGUAUUCUCACUAAAUUUUACCUAAAACUUUAAGUUCUAGUCUGCUUGAAUUUAGACAGGCUACAUUUUUUCAUUCAAACUGAACUUCAAUUAGCAGUUUUUAUGGCUACGCUCAUAUAUAUGGAACACACAACAAUUUUGUUGAACUAAGAAGAAUUAAAAAUUAUUGUUUUUAGCCUGAAAUUGCCUUUAGUUGCUAUUGGAUGUUGUGUUGUGUUUCAUUAUAUUCUAUGUGUAAUUUUUCAAAAGAAAUUGGUUAUGUGUGUCACAAUUCACUUUACUUGACGAAAACAAAAACUCAUUUUUCACUCAAGCGAGAAGUACUUGUUUUGUAUCACCAACAAAUGGAGAUAGAUUGAUUAGUGAUUAAAUAAUAGUGUGUAUAUUGUAAAAAUAUCCUCAGAUGUAAUAUAUUAAUCUUGUUAAAGAUGUAUUACUUAAUCUCACUUAAUUUUUAUUGAAAAGGCAUUGUUACCAUGUAAAUAUUAAUUAUUAUUCUUGAUUAAAGUGUAUACAUUCUUGUAAUUUUAUUUAAUAAUUUUUACAAGUUUCUUAUUGUUGGAACAAGAACAAGAUGUUGGAUCAUAAUGACUUGUGACAAAAGGAUUCAUUACCGUACUUGUCAAAAGACUCUGGGAGGAUAUGUGACACAAUUACAAAUGUAAUUACUUAAAUUUCUUCAAAUUAAGAGCUGUCAUAAUCAACUAUAAAUAAGAUUUUGGUGAAUGCGACAUCUUGUUCUGAUCCUGGUAGUAAUAAACUUUGAUACACAUAUAAUUUAUUUUUCCACACACUAAGUAAUAAAUAUUCUAGUUUGAAUUUAAAAACAAUUUAUUUCAAUUCAAAAUAAUGUUAUACGAAUGUAAAAUAAAUUUAAAUUGCUACUUAGUUUCUGAAGUGGUCUAUUCUAAAACAAAGAAUGUAUCUUUAAAUUGAUAUGAGCUCUCUCUUUCUAAUCUAGAGAAUGAAAGAGAAAUAAUGUUAUAUCUAAACUGUAGAACUAUGUCAUUUUGUAACAUCAUAAUCAGUCUCCACUCUUUGUGAUCUAACAGGACAAACCCUGCCUCUUGUGGCUUGGUUUCUAUUUCAAACUGAAGGAUUUAUACUUAUAUAAAUGCAUAAACUCUGUAACUUAAACAUGACUAUAAAACAAUUAAACAAUUUACAUUAAAAAUACAAUAAAUUGAAAUUUCACUAAAACCACAAUUUUUCAAAUGGCAGUCAAAAAUUCUUGACAGUUAUAUUAAAUAAAAUUAAAAACUUUUCAUUUUAUACCAAAAAUAUAAUUAAGAGUUUCAAGGAUUUAAGACAACACAAAUUCUCUCUUUUAUUUAUUUAUUUUAAAGUAUCACAUUACAUCAUGUACAUUACUGUUGACAUUAAUCAAGGUCUUUUAAAAAAUUAACAAAGCUGUGUCCAAUAUUAUUAUGUAAUUUUCACAAGUUCGUUUUGGCAUUGUUUUUAUUCAAAUGUAUGUGCUUUGAACCCAAGGUAUUCUAAAAUUAAGGACUCAUUCGUCUACUUUAAGGUGAGCUGGUAUUAAAACAUUAUCAGAGAUAUCUGUUUCGGACUUUCAUUAGUAUUUUCUUGCAAUCAGACAGUCCUUUUUUCAAUCAAUAAAUUUCUGCUCAAUUAAUUUAUUUAGUUUUUACUAAAAGAAUUUCUAAAAUAUUUAUUGCUUAGCUUUAAGGGACUCGGUUUAAUCUAUUACUUUACAGUUUUAUACAGAAAGCUAGACACAAUGUCCAGAUUUGACCAUACAUGUAAAAUUGUUUGACAAUGACGAAUAUGUACAUGUAUCGUACGUCAAGUUGUGAAUAUGUACAUAAAUUAACUGUUAUCUGGUAAUCCAGUCCUUCCAAUCGUGUCUGUUCUGUCGGGAACGUGGGCCGUACAUCGCACCAGUUCACCACAUCUACCCCAGAUCACAUGGUCAGUAAUGUUGUCAAUGUACAUAGCAUAUAUUUAGAAUAGAUAAAUAAUAAUUUUAUAAGCAAUGCUACAACCUUUCUUAAGAUACUGUGAUGUACAGUUCAUUUGUAUGAUCGAGAAUUUACAAGUUUUGUAAAAAAUUCAAAGUAUUUCCAUGAAUUCUUCUUUUGAACAUGUGACUUGAAGCCACUUGAAUAAACCAAAUUAAAAUUA